AUGGGGUCUAUCGCUUACCUAAGUGUCUUCCUGGCCAGUUUCCUGGUUUCCAGCCCCUUUGUGGGAGCAGUGAAGGCUGACACCUGUGCCAGGGAGUGGCUGCAAUACCAGGGCAACUGCUAUGGAUAUUUUGAGAGUAAGAUGACAUGGGAAGAAGCUGAGAUUGAAUGCCAAAGCUACCACCGCGGGGCACACCUUGCCUCUAUUCUCACCCUUGCGGAGACUCUUGUGGUGGCCGAUCACAUCUUUGCUUACCAGACUGAACCCAGCAAUGUGUGGAUUGGACUGCAUGAUGUCCGGCAUAAUGGAAAGUGGAGGUGGUCGGACGAGUCGACCUACAACUACAAAGCGUGGAUGCUGGGGGCACCCAAGAAGCUGGGGAAAAAUGAGUAUUGCGUUGAGCUGCUGCGUUCCGUGAAUUUCACAAAAUGGAAUGAUGCAGCAUGCCACAAACAAAACGCCUACAUCUGUAAGCACGAACUGUAG